AUGUCUGCAGCUGCCCGAGAGGCUGCUGCUGCUCGGGGGGCCUACCUGCACCCCAGGCCUGCUGCCCUGGAUGGGAUACAAGACAGGGUGCGCUGGCUCCUCACUGGAGCCGCGGUGGAGACCUGUGAGCCCCAGGUCACACGUCUGCGUUAUAGCGGCCGGCACAAGGCAGCUUCUGGAGAGCUGGGCCGUGUUUCCCACCGAGACCCCAGAAUCCUGCCCGGCCUGUACAUCGGCAACUUCAAAGAUGCCAGAGACGCAGAGCAGCUGAGCAAGAACAAGGUGACGCACAUCCUGUCUAUCCAUGACAGCGCCAGGCCGCUGUUGGAGGGCGUUAAAUACCUGUGCAUCCCAGCAGCGGAUUCACCAUCUCAAAAUCUGACAAGACAUUUCAAAGAAAGUAUUAAGUUCAUUCACGAGUGCCGACUCCGGGGAGAAGGCUGUCUUGUGCACUGCCUGGCCGGCGUGUCCAGGAGCGUGACCCUGGUCAUCGCGUACAUCAUGACCGUCACUGACUUUGGCUGGGAAGAUGCCCUUCACACUGUCCGCGCCGGGAGGUCCUGUGCCAACCCCAACCUGGGCUUCCAGAGGCAGCUCCAGGAGUUUGAGAAGCACGAAGUCCACCAGUACCGCCAGUGGCUGAAGGAAGAAUACGGAGAGAGCCCUUUGCAGGAUGCCGAAGAAGCCAGAAACAUUCUGGCCAACCCGGGGAUUCUGAAGUACUGGGCUUUUCUCAGAAGACUAUAAUGCACCUGAUGUUUCUGAAAUAUGGAAAAGCCACAGCACUUAGGCGGGUGCUCUCCAACCAGAAAAGCAACCAGAGUUUAUCUUUAAGUCCCAGAGGGGAUGUGUCAACCUGUUUUUCAUUUGAAACUGAAGGCCUGUGUCAUGGUGGUGUUCUUUGUUGGGCUGGAGGGUGCUGUUCAGCUAGGGGAAAUCUAUUCACUCGCGUGCCUGUUUCCUUGACUCUGAUGCCUCUAAAACAACCUCACGAGCCCGCACCCCGUCUUGCCUCCUGUCCAUCACCGCAGUCACUCCUCCUAGGUCUCAGCUGCUCAGACUCUGCUCGCCUGUUCUUAAUUUCCCAGCUUGGGAAACAUCUCUGAGGUGUGUCUUAUCCCUGGCUUGUAUCCCUCCUGCUGGACCACACCAUGCACAUGUUUGGUUAAUAAAGGACAAAGAGCCACGUCUAA